AUGCGUACCUGGAAGUUCGACUUUGAUUCGGGGCGACUGGAUAGUAGUCCACACCCCUUCGCCGGCAUGACUAAGGAGGACUGCCGUAUCACGACAAUUUACUCCAAGGACGAUCUUUCGAGGUGCCUCUACUGUGUCAUUCACGAGGUGGGGCACGGCAAAUACGAGCAGAACAUGGGGCCGCGUCAACUGAUUACGCAACCCGUCUGCACAGCCCGCUCUUUUGGUGUGCACGAAAGCCAGUCCCUCUUCGCCGAGUUCCAGCUCUCCCGCUCAAAGCCCUUUUGUGAGCACCUUCAGUCCAAACUCGAGGCCCACCUAGACCCAUAG